UUAGAAAUGGCCCAGAGCAAAGAAAAUACCGGCCCAGUGUAUUGCCCAAUGCAAAUUAAUCUUCCGGUGCAGCGUUGAAGGAAAGAAGCGCAGAAUCAAAGCCAUCGCCGUGCAGCAUACCACUCCGUCCACUCGCAUUGACGGCAGCGCCUAUUCGCCGGACGGCGGACGCCGCCUCUCCUCCGCUCCGCCGCUCGCCCUGCGCAGCUUCGUUCCUUUGACCGCUGACCUGCUUCUCCAGACGAACAGACUCCAGUUCCCUCGAGGAACCAUGGUGGGUGUGCUAAAUGAUUUCUAGGGAAAAAAGAUUGGUGUGCAAGAAAGUUAUACUCCAUACUUGUUUGUCCCUGUCUGUCCGAAAUUGACAUACCAAGGACAUACUGCAAGAAAGAUUGGUGUGGACAGACAACUUGUACGCAAGGACAUACCAUUUAUUUUUGUGUACACCUUGCUCUACGGCAACCAUCAUCUAUAUUCCAGACCAGUAACAAUGGCGGCUGUGCUAAACCUGCAAACCACGACAGUAUACUAUCCCUUAUCUUCAUCUCUAUAUAUUAAGAAGUUUUCUCCACCGCAAUUCCAAUGCAUACCGCUAUCAUUCACCAGAAAGAGAUCUAUAUUCCUCUCGCCUCCAUAUUCUUCGCUCCACAACGUAUGCCACCCCUCGGCCCUGGUAAAAGACGAGGAAGAAACAGUCAUCGGAGAUUGUGUGGUCUUCGAAGAAGGUGUUUUCGACGAUCCCUUUUUGCAUCCGAAAAUGGUUGAACCCAUAAGAAAACGCGAUGUCUCUAGACAGAGGAGCAAUUCGGGCAAAGUGGAGCCCGAGAAUCUCAUUCCGGAGGACUGGGCUGAUGUUCAAAAGGAAAUCAAUAUUACGAAGAAGGAAAAGAGGAGGCUGGCGAGGGAAUUGGAAUUCGGGAGCCGCGUAGAGAAGAGGAGGAUUGGGCUGAGACCAAUUGUACUCGAUAAUCCCGUGUUUCCUGGAGCAGAAGAGGAAGGAAAUUGUGAGAAAAGUGGCGAUGAGUGCUCAGUUUCAAGUGUCUCCAAUACCAGAGUAGAGCCGAGGAACCCUAGACAAGCUGUGGAUGGCGGUGAUUUGGAUGAUAUAAGAGAGUUCUUCAAUGGUGAGAAUUAUGCGCCUAGUUGCAAAAGUAAAUAUGAAGAAGAUGGAUUGGCACAUCUUGGGAAGCUUUAUAUCACUGCUUCUUGCCGCAACAACGGCUUGCACUCUAUUAGCAACAUCCAAGGGCUUGCAAGGGAAAAACGUAAUAUUGAAUGACUCCUUAGAUCGUUCCAUUUCUACACUUGAUGUUUAUUGUCUUUCAUUACAUUGGCUGGCCAAUAGGGCGUAUUAUGUUAUUGUCAAAGACUCAAUGGAGGACUUCUCAUGAAUAAGGAAGGUCCCUGAUCUUGCCGCCAGUUGCUACCUCUGGGAGUUCCCAACUUUUCAAAUUAAAUAGCUAAAUUGAUUGCUUUAACUCACAUGUUCAUUGUAUAUUAUUCCUUAUAUAUGGCUAUGGAAUAUUGGAAUGCUAGAGAAAAGCCUAGCAUGCUUAUAUUACUCGCACAACCGAUUACAUUGAACAAGCUUUAUUUAUAAAAAAACAUGUAUUCUGGUAAUUAACUGCGAUUGGCUUGAUGCGGUGUACCAGUGAUGCUUUAUCACAUACUUUUUCACGACUAUCAUUCCAUGUUUCAAAAU